AAUGGGUUGGUCAGGACUCAGGAAACGACGAGUAACUAUUAAACACUACUAAACCCAAAGGUCCUGAGAUAAUAUAAAUUAUAUAAUCUAAAAUUUGUAGGAUCGGCAUUUACUUACUGAUUAUCUUUUAACUAAAAAAAUAAGUACGCUGCACUGCACUACCCAUGACCCUCAUAGCAUUUCAAUAUCCCAGACCCUUAGUUACCGAGAAACGCCAAGAACUUGAUCUCUUUAAGGCACGUGCACUUGUGGAACAGUCAGACAAGUAAUAGCAACUGCAAGCAAGUAUUUCCUUGCUACCGCGCAUUGAACUGGAGACAGAUCAAAUAAAAGAAGACAUGGAGAAUAGCACUGCAUCAGAAGGCAAAGAUCCAUCAGUCUUUCUGAGUGAGAUUAUUGGUGCCCCAGUCACUGUGAAGUUGAACUCAGGCGUUGUCUACAAAGGUGAACUUCAAUCAGUAGACGGUUACAUGAACAUUGCUCUAGAAAAGUCCGAGGAAUAUGUGAAUGGGAAGUUAAGGCGAAGUUAUGGAGAUGCCUUUGUCCGAGGAAAUAAUGUGCUUUACAUCUCUGCAAAUUGAGGUUCUGAUGGGUGAUAUCAACGGAGUAGCAUUGUCGCUCAUUGGUUAACCCGCGCUAUGUCCGCGAAAUCAAGCUACAAAAUGUCCCAACAUGGCAUAUCAGAUACGACGGAAGGAGGGAAAUUGCUGGUACCAUAAUAACAGCAAGCUGGCUGAAAAAAGGAAAACCUUCAGUGACCACUUGUUUUUCCUAUACUCACGUCUAGUGCCGUCCUAUCCACGUCGGGUCAUCUUUCCCAUGACAGCUCCAGUCAUAGGGGAGGCUCUACUUUAGUGCCCUUGUAUUGAUUGCCCCCACGACAAUUUAGAAGCCCUAUAUAAUAUCUACCCGAACUCUGUAACAAAAAUAACUCUAUAGUCACCUAACCACCGAGUAUUACAUCGCUGUCGUUGUGAUACCCGAGAACAAAACAACCCUACUGUCGGGCUAUUAUAAUACGGCCUAAUAAAAUUUAUAUAAUAGACUCUGG